AGGUAAACGAAAGUGGGAGAGAGAGAGGGGUUCACGGCGGCUUUGAAGCUACAGGACCUGCAAUUUCGGUGUUCAGAAGCUGAAAUCUUGGCGUGAAGAAAUCGAAAAUGAGAGGCGAAGCUAGCGGCAGCAACAGCAAUAACAGAGGACAGAGCGUGGUGGUGGAUUGGGGUCGGCGGAAAAGCUCUUGUGGCUAUUGCAGAUCUGGCGCUCGAACCAGCAUCUCUCACGGUUUGUGGGCAGAAAGCAUUACAGUCGAUGACUAUCAAGAUCUACUUGACCGGGGAUGGAGGAGAUCUGGAUGCUUCCUCUACAAACCUGAGAUGGAAACGACAUGUUGCCCAUCAUAUACCAUUCGUUUGAAGGCAAAUGCUGAGGUAAACGGAGGUGGGAGAGAGAGAGGUUCACGGCGGCUUUGGAGCUUAAACACCUGCAAUUUCGACGAUGAGAAGCUGAAAUCUUGGCGUGAAGAAAUCGAAAAUGAGAGGACGGAGCGUGGUGGUGGAUUACGGUCGGUAUGAAAGCUCUUGCGGCUAUUGCAAAUCUGGCGCUGGAACCCGCAUCUCUCACGGUCUCUGGGCACAAAGCAUUACAGUUGAUGACUAUCAAGAUCUACUUGACCGGGGAUGGAGGAGAUCUGGAUGCUUCCUCUACAAACCUGAGAUGGAAACGACAUGUUGCCCAUCAUUUACCAUUCGUUUGAAGGCAAGUGAUUUUGUUCCUUCAAAAGAGCAAAAUCGAGUGUAUAGACGAAUGCAGAGGUUUCUAGAUGGCACACUGGAUGUCAAAAAACCAGUUCAACCUAUAGAGGAUUCAACUACUGGCAGCUGUGUCCAUCCAGUUUCAAGCUCAGCAGCAGAUGAAUCUUUGUCUCAUAAGAAUAAACAAGAGAAAAAGACGGAAGAGUUUAUGCAGCAUUUGUCUAAUCAAAUUGACAGUGCGGUGCAUGCAUGCAUUGAGGGUGGGGAAUUUCCUUCUGGCACUCAAUUGCCGAAAGCUUUAGUCAAAAAGGUUUCACAUUCCAAAAAGAAGCUUUUAGAUGAAGAAGAUCUUGUAUAUACAAGCAACAUUGCCUUCCAAACAGCAGCCACAUUAAAGUGUGCACAAUCAGCUGGGAAGGAUGUCCAGCAGUCCGAAUUUAUUGCACAGAAGGUUGUGAAUUCUUUAAAUCAGUUGGCCAAAUUUUCUGGUCUGUCCAUUGGGGCUCGCAAGGGACAUAUCAAUUUUUAUUCCUCUGGAAAAGAUGAGUAUUUAGAUGGAGACACUCAAAUUGCUACUCUACCUGAAGAAUCUGCAACAGGGAGUGGAAGCAAAAGCUCUUCAUCUAUUUCUAAGUGCUCUAUAAAUUCUCAAGGAACAAAGAAGCUUGAGAUUCGUUUAAAAAGGUCUAGUUUUGAUCUUGAAGAGUAUGCAUUGUAUAAGAGAUAUCAGAUUAAAGUGCACAAUGAUACACCAGAUCAUGUCACAGAGAGCUCAUACAGGAGAUUUUUGGUUGAAACUCCUUUAAUAUUUGUUCAACCAUCAAAUGAUGGUCUGGUUCCUCCCUAUGGCACACUGGAUGUCAAAAAACCAGUUCGACCUAUAGAGGAUCCAGCUACUGGCAGUUGCAUCCGUCAAGUUUCAAGCUCAGCAGCAGAUGAAUCUUUGUCUCAUAAGAAUGAAGGAGAGAAAAACACAGAAGAGUUUAUGCAGCAUUUAUCUAAUCAAAUUGACAGUGCAGUGCAUGCAUGCAUUGAGGGUGGGGAAUUUCCUUCAGGCAUUCAAUUGCCAAAAGCUUUAGUCAAAAAGGUUUCACAUUCCAAAAAGAAGCCUUUAGUUAAAGAAGAUCUUGUAUAUACAAGCAACAUUGCCUUCCAAAUAGCAGCCACAUUGAACCGUGCACAAUCAGCUGGGAAGGAUGUCCAGCAGUCUCAAUGUAUUGCAGAGAAGGUUGUGAAUUCUUUAAAUCAGUUGGCCAAAUUUUCUGGUCUGUCCGUUAGGGCUUGCAAUGGACAUAUCAAUUUUUAUUCCUCUGGAAAAGAUGAGUAUUUAGAUGGAGACAUUCAAAUUGUUAAUCUACCUGAAGAAUCUGCGACAGGGAGUGGAAGCAAAAGCUCUUCAUCUAUUUCUAAGUGCUUUAUAAGUUCUCAAGGAACAAAGAAGCUUGAGAUUUGUUUAAAAAGGUCUAGUUUUGAUCGUGAAGAGUAUGAAUUGUAUAAGAAAUAUCAGAUUAAAGUGCACAAUGAUACACCAGCUCAUGUCACAGAGAGCUCAUACAGGAGAUUUUUGGUUGACACUCCUUUAUUAUCUGUUCAACCAUCAAAUGAUGGUCUGGUUCCUCCCUGUGGCUUUGGCUCUUUCCAUCAGCAAUACUUAAUCGAUGGUCAGCUAGUUGCAGUUGGUGUUAUAGAUAUCCUUCCUAGAUGUUUGUCAAGUAAAUAUUUAAUCUGGGACCCUGAUUAUGCCUUUCUAUCACUGGGUAAGUAUUCUGCUAUCCAAGAGAUAGGUUGGGUAAAAGAGAAUCAAGUCAGUUGCCCCAGUCUUCAGUAUUAUUAUCUUGGCUAUUAUAUACAUUCCUGCAGCAAGAUGAGAUAUAAAGCAGCAUAUCGCCCAUCUGAGCUUCUUUGUCCUCUUCGAUACGAGUGGGUUCCAUUUGAUGUGGCAAGGCCUCUACUUGACAAAAAGAAGUAUGCUGUUUUAUCUGAUUAUGCCAGUUUACAGAAUGGGGAGUUCUCCAAUUCUGGAGUUGCAGAAAGUGCCUUGGAAUUGCAACAGGAUGAGAUUGACCAAGAAGACAGAAAUGAUGUUCGUAUGGAUGAUGAUGAAGAAAUGCUUGAGCCUGGAUUUGAAAGUUCUGGAAUUGAAGGUGGGGAUAUGACUAAAAUUUUAAUUGGGUUGAGAGGAUCUCAAGUGAGAUAUAAGGUACGUAAGUACAAGAAGAAUGUAACUAUUGGAAAGGGGAAAGUUCAUUUUUUUGUAUCAUCUGUCUCCUUAUCUAAAAUUGGCACUGCUGAGAUACAACAAGCAGUCAGCCCCAGUAAAAGGAUUUACUUGGAAGCACAGUUGCAAAGAUACCAAAAGGUGGUGGGUGUAGAGCUGUCGGAGCGAAUGGUUUAUUCACUUGGGUAAAUUUAUUUCAUAUACUGCACCUACUGUCACGACUGAAAUUGCAGCUGAGGUCCUGUCCAGUCGAGUUUAUUGGCCGCUAACUUAGAGCUGCCAUUAAGUUCCACUAUUUCUUGGAUUUGGGGAUUGCUUUUGUUCGAUUAACAUUAAAAUCACUGACCUCUAUUUCAAGCUUACCCCACAACUUGCUUUAUGUCCUCUUAGUUUGCCAGAUGAACUAGGUUUCCUCCAUUCUACCAAAAAGUAUGCUCUGCUCUUGUAACAACAGUAUUUUAUUGAAUAAAAUCUGUUUUUCCUG